AGACUCCAGUUCCCUGUUGGUGUGCGGCUGUACAAUGAAGGUACGAUGGCUGCUUGCAUCAGAGUAAUAUGUAAGAGAAUGACCACAUUGACAGUCGCUAUUCAUGAUGGCUCUGCUUUCCUGAACGCUUUCUUUGCCAAAACACACUAAUCUCCCUGUUUCGUCCCAUCUGUAAAGGCCAAGUGUUGUAUUUGCCUCAGUCUGCUAGCCCCGUGCUAUGAUUCUAUGCACAUCAACUCUCUUUAAUUGACCUGACCGAUAUCACUCAUAACAUGGCCAUCACACAGUUUCGCCUUUUUAAAAUAUGCACCUGUUUGGCAUCUAUUCUCUCAUUCUUGAAAAGACUGAUUUGUAGGACUGGAAGGUCACGCAAGCUGAGCGGGGAUCAGAUCACACUCCCGACCACAGUUGAUUAUUCCUCUGCAGCAAAACAGCCAGAGAUUGAGGAUUGGAGCUCAUGGGACGAGGAUGGUCCAACAAGUAUUAAAAUUGAAGGUGACAACGGGAUAGUUCCACCUCCACAGAACGAAGCUGAAGAAGAAGAGCCAGACUACUUCAAAGACAUGGCUCCCACCAUCAGGAAAACACAAAAAAUUGUCUUGAAGAAAAGGGAGCCUCUGAAUUUCUCUAUGCCUGACAGCUCCUCAGGUUUCUCCAGCCGACUAGCCGCCACUCAGGACAUGUCCUUCAUCCAGCCCUCUGCGGAGCUGGGGGACCUGGACACCUGGCAGGAGGACAACAAUGCCUGGGAGGAUGAGGCAGAUGCAGCCUGGGAGACAGAGGAAGUGCUGAGGCAGCAGAAGCUGGUUGAGAGAGAGAGACGUGCAAUGGAGCAACAAAGGAAGAAAAUGGAAAAAGAGGCACAGAGAAUGAUGAAAAAAGAGCAGAAGAUUGCUGUCAAGCUUUCAUAACAUUAAUACAGAACACCGGACACUUAAAGCAACAGCCAAACAACUGCUCAUAUUACAUUUUACCUGGUUUUGUCCUGCCCGCCACACUACUGUCCAUAUGUUUUUUUUUU